GGUUGAGGUUAAUUAAAUAGACGGAAGUAUUUUCUUAAUUUUAUUUCCACUAACGUGCACGCGUUGCCGCGCGAAGGAGCCAAAAAGCUAACUCUUUAAUUCGGUAACGGGGUUUUCAAAAUUGUUUGAUCGAUCUCUUCGUCUUCUAUCGUUCGAGAUCUCUUUCCCACGACGAGGAACACAAUACCGUGACGUUAAAAAGACGUGCGAUCGUGUGUACACACACAUACACGUCGAAUCAUCGAUAUUUACCGAAUUUCUAUUGCUCCCUAUGAUCGAUGUCACAGAGGAAAGCAGGGAACGUUUCCGACGACGCGCCAUUUUCUAUAUUUUUCUGUGUUUCAAAUUCACCGAAAAUUUGACCAUUUUUUACGGGGUCUUUAUUACCGAAAUUUGCCUUGGCAGGUUAUACAGUACAAUUUUCCAAAUUCACAGAUCCUCGCGAACAAUCUGAAUAACGACAAACACAUACUCGACCGCGUUUCACUUCAGGCAACAAUUUCGGCCAUUUUCGAUGUUCAUAAAAAUACAAAAAAGGAGUAAAAAUACACACGAUGAACUAUCAUCUCGAUCAGAUCGCAAACGUGUUCGGGAACCAGGCGACAAGAAAAAGUCGCGAUCCCCAUAAUCGGAAAAUUGGUAAGUCUUACGCAGAGCUGAAAGACAAAACGUUCGUUAACAAUAACGUACACGAGAAAGAAGUGCUGCGAGUUUGUCAAGCUUUGUUGUUGUCCACGUGUGUGCUGCUGUUGAGUUACCACAGCAUUUUCCAUGGCCGAAGCGAGUUUAGCAUCCUGCAAAAUGGCCAAAUCGUUCAGGGAUACAAGCACAAGGCUGUGGUCAAUUUGAGCUUGGGUUAUUCCGCACCGUACUCGUCGGUUUGCUUUCUGGCGAUCGGCAUGCUCGCCUAUUCCCUUGUCUCGAAGAAGCCACACUGGAGCCUACCAUCGAUAGUCCUCUAUCUGGCUGACAUGGUGUACGAUAUCAGUGGCGUAGUAGUGGCGAUUUGGUUGUUUUUCACAAAUUUAUCGCUGCCAACAGCCGUGGCUUACGCGACAGCAUCUAUAAUAUUGAUGCGUACGUUUCGAUUCCUUGACUUAUUAAUCCUAAAAAAAGGAACUAAUUGCAAACAGGACAAUUUUUUGAAGCAGAUACAUAUUUUUAGAAAUGAUCUUUCCACCGAUUAAUACUUCCUCGAUAUAUUUUCACCAGUCGCAGAUAUCUGGAUAUGGUUAGGCGUGCUCAGACUCUACGAACAACGAACCUUCAAAUAACCAUUAAAUCUCGGACAAAAUUCAAGGAAAAUACAAAACAGACAAUCGUUUCGUAAGAAUGUUUCUCCAUCCUUUAUAUACUACAAUGUACACAUGUUUGAAUAAAGAAGUGAAUCGUCAAGUGA